CAGGCUUGACGGUGGUGCGCAUCUCACCGACCGGGAAUACCGAUUUCUGAACAUUUCGGCCUUUUCCCCCGCUGCACCGUAAGCUGUGUUUGCCUGCGAGCUGCUCCAGAGGAGAGCGGGUUGUACUGGCGUCGCGGGGAUAAAGUGAAAGAUUAUACCAGGCAGUAUUAUGACAAACGGAGAUGACACACAUUCAGAAGGAGCCGUGUUUGUUUUGUACAGCGACAUGAGGCAGGGGGUGGAGAGCCACAGAGACGCUGGGCUCCGGCCAAACAUCACCGCAUUUUAGCACUUAUUCGAUGCCCGGGAUUUGCAUUACAUUGCAUUUACUGCAUCGUUGAUCGGCCGUUAUUUUGCAAAGUGCACGGUGGAAAAUGCAGCGUGUUUGAGGACACCCCCCUCCAGAUAUCCAUUGCUGCCAUGAUAGGCAGUGGUCCCUCGACCGCGGCUCGGCCGGUUGGAGAAGAGGCAGAUUGAUUUGGAACGGUGGGUCGCAUCUGCGGAUGUUAUUCUGUCUGUGGAGCCUGUAAAUAUCAUCCGCGAAAACACACCGUGAUUCUUACUCAGGGAAAGAGGAGAGAAAACAACAUGUCUUCUCGGUCUGCAUUACCGUCUGGAAACGACAGGAGUACUGGAGACCAUCAUGUGUCGCUGGGGGCCAGCCGCUCUGACAAGACCACCAGCCAGUCCAGCCGCUCACUGGGUGCCCGCUGCAGGAACUCCAUUGCCUCCUGCUCAGAUGAGCAGCCGCACAUCGGCAACUACCGUCUGCUCAAGACCAUCGGCAAGGGAAACUUUGCGAAGGUCAAGCUGGCCCGCCACAUCCUGACGGGCAAGGAGGUUGCAAUAAAAAUCAUCGAUAAAACUCAGUUGAACCCAACCAGCCUACAGAAGCUCUUUCGGGAGGUACGAAUAAUGAAAGGCUUAAAUCACCCCAACAUAGUGCAGCUGUUCGAGGUGAUUGAGACUGAUAAGACCCUUUACCUAAUCAUGGAGUACGCCAGUGGAGGUGAAGUGUUUGACUACCUCGUGUCUCAUGGAAGAAUGAAGGAGGUUGAAGCCAGAGCCAAAUUUCGACAGAUUGUUUCAGCUGUCCACUACUGCCACACGAAGAACAUCGUCCACAGAGAUUUGAAGGCGGAGAACCUACUGCUGGAUGCCGACUCCAACAUCAAGAUUGCAGACUUUGGCUUCAGCAACGAGUUCACGCUGGGCAACAAGCUGGACACAUUCUGUGGCUCACCACCCUACGCUGCCCCUGAGCUUUUCCAGGGCAAGAAAUAUGAUGGGCCUGAGGUGGACGUCUGGAGUCUUGGGGUUAUCCUCUAUACGCUGGUCAGCGGCUCACUGCCCUUUGAUGGGCAGAACCUAAAGGAGCUGAGGGAGCGCGUGCUGAGGGGAAAGUACCGUGUGCCCUUCUAUAUGUCCACAGACUGUGAGGGGAUCCUUCGCCGAUUCCUGGUGCUCAACCCCACCAAACGCUGCACCCUUGAUCAAGUCAUGAAGGACAAGUGGAUAAAUUCAGGGUAUGAGGGGGAUGACCUGAAGCCCCACAUAGAACCAGUUGAAGACUACAGUGAUCCAGCUCGCAUAGAGGUGAUGGUGGGGAUGGGUUUCACUCCAGAGGAAAUCAAGGACUCUCUGCUCAAUCAGAAAUACAAUGAAGUCACUGCAACCUACUUACUGCUGGGCCGCAAAGGCGAUGAGGGCAGUGAGGCUCGCACUGCUAGUAGCCUGUCCCUGGCAAGGGUUCGACCAAGCCCCAUCACCAAUGGGACCAACAAGCACUCCUCAGCCACUGGCUCCUCUUCCUCCUCCACCUCCUCCUCACAUAGCAAGACCCAGCGCAGUGCCUCCACCUACCAUAGGCAGCGACGACACAGUGACUUCUUCCUCCACAACAAAGGCGGGCCCUCCAUGCCCGUCAUGCACCCCAAACGGAGCCCCACUAGCACGGGCGACCGUGAGCUGCGGGAGGGACGAAUGCCUUCACGUAAGGCCAGUUGCAGCGUGAUGGGGAGCCACAGCCUCCCUCCCUCCAGCCCAAUGGUCAGCAGUGCCAACAACCCCAACAAGUCUGAGAUCCCAGACCGCCGCAAAGACAUGACGGCUACCACAAAUAACAUCCCUGGAAGUGCCAUGACACGCAGGAAUACAUAUGUAUGCACUGACCGCUCAGGCACUGACAGACACUCUCUUCUGCAGAACGGCAAAGACAACAGCUCCCUGGGCCACCGCUUGCCUGCAGCGUCUCCCUCAACGCUCAGCAUUUCUGGGGCCGGAGCUGCCUCCUCCUCUUCCUCUUCGGACCGAUGCCGCCUGACCCGAGGCUCCACCAUCCGCAGCACUUUUCAUGGGGGGCAGCUGAGGGACCGUGGGCCCCCAGUCUACUCAGCCCCACCCACUUCACCCACCUUGUCCCACCAUGACGCCAGCCCUCUGCCCCAUGCCCGCACCAGGGCGACCUCCAACCUCUUCACCAAGCUGACCUCGAAACUCACUCGCAGGGUCACAAAUGAAUCUGAGGGAAUCAGGAGAUUUGCGGUCACAAGUUGCCAUCUACCUGGGUAUCAAAAAGCGUCCGAGCCCCGGGCCGUCGGACGUGGCUGGGAUUUGAGAGGUGGUGGGCGGCGGGACCCUGCGGAGGUGGUUCUGGCUCUGCGGGAGGCGGCGCUUGGAUGUGGCUGCCAGGUCCACCAUGCCGGCCCAUUUCUGCUCUCCUGCACCCACGGUGUGGCAGGGGGCCGCGUGGCUUUUGAGGCCGAGGUGUGCCAUCUUUCCACGGGCACCUCCGAGACUUCUAACGGGGUGCGCUACACGCGACUCUGGGGGACACCGCUAGCUUUUCGGGACAUUGCCACCCAAAUCUCUAAGGACCUUGAACUUUGAACAGAGGAUGUGUUUGCGUAUGCGUGAGUGUUUUUGUGAGUGAGUGUUGAUGUGUGUGCGCAAAGGAAGAGGAGGUGGAAAUGGGCAAAAGGGGCGAGGGGCUGGACCCGAGAGAAAAGACUUCUCCUUCUGUUUCUUUCAUGACGACCCCCCCAGCACACACACACACACACACACACACACACAGAUACACGCACACCUGACCUGUAAAGUCACACAGACUGAGGCAUCCCCCUCCACCCAAUCACCCCACUGAGCUCAGCCAACUUCUUCACUGAGUGACUGCACCCACUGGACCUGGAUCAGACGGAAUCUAGUUGAAUAUUUUGUAUCGCUACUCUAGCCAUAAUGACACUUUAUUUUGUUAUUUAUUGCUCUGAUCAUUGUUUUUACCCACUGUCACUUUCAAAAAACAUCUUCUCUUGAGUAAUGGCCAUCAUUGACUAGCCAGUCCUUUUUUUAAAUUGUUCUUUUAUACCUCACCUUUAUGUCUACCUUUUAUCCCCUAUACCGAUGACAUGGUUAUCUGCUGACUUCUUAACACAUGGGGACAAGAACAUGCACAGAUGUGGAUAUGGUCCGACUCAGUGAUCAGACAAGCAGCCACAGAGGGUUUCAUUGCUUUGACUCGUGUACAUACAGCAGUGACAACUGAAAUGGAUUUAGGGCAGUGGGAAAAGGGUUGACAGGCCUUUGAAACAGCCAAUCAGAGGCUGACCUGGAACACAAGGAGCCAGUGACAUCUUCCAUUUCAUGAACUGAUAGAGCUGUCACCUCAAAAUUACAUUUGUUUCUCUACAAGAGAAAUUAAAAAUGUAGAUAAUGUUUACUGAGAAACAAACUCUGUGGUUAGCAACAUUUUUACACAUACAAGAAGAAGAGAACAUUUUGGUGCAGCAACUCCAUGCUUUAUUUUUGGUUCUUGCUACACCAAUAUGUAAAUAAGUCAAUACAGCUGAUUUGGUGAAAUAUUAUAAGGUUAUAUAACUUUAAUAUCACUGCUGUCAUAGAAUACAUGUUCUAUGCUGGCUCUCUGAAAGGAUGAAUAUAGAGGCCUGCAAAGACUUCAUGCACACAUGCUGCUCUCUGGUUGGCUGGAUUCAUUGUUUGUCAGCGCUGGUCAUUGUCAGUAAAACUUGUUCAAAGCCUUUGGAUUUUCCAACCUCUCACCCAUUUUCAUCCCUUUACCUUUCUUCAAAAGCAUUACACUGAAGACAUGACAGCAGAGACACAUACUUGAGAAUAUCUUUCUAACUAGAAGCCCUCUACUGUUUAAAUCUUUCAAGGUGAUUAAAGCAAGCGCGAUACAAAUGUGGUUCAGUCUGUUGUCCCACAGCAAAAUAACAAAUUCUUUGGUUCUUCUCUGUGCCAUGUGAUCUCGCCUCAGCUAUCAUCUCAGUAUGUUCAUGGGAAACACCAAAAGCAGAUCAGCCAAGCAGUGAACCUCUCAGAUUACACACUCACCUUUACAAACACAGAGAAACAUGCACUUCUAAAUGUCCACCCUGUCCUUUUUUGUGACACAGUCUAUAAACUGGUAUGUCCAUUAUUGAUGACUGUGGGCUGUGGUGAUCAGGGGGGAGUAUUCAGAAUCUGGAUAGUCACGAUGAAGGCAGUGUGCACAGUGUUUUCUUCUCGUUAGUCCAGUUGCCUUUAAAGUGAACAACCCCCAGCGCCUUCAUACAGUGCAUAUUUAAUGUAAAAGAGAGAGAGAGAGAGAGAGAGAGAGAGAGAACUGAGAACGCUUUCUAUUCUCCCUCCCUGUUUUUAGUGAAUAACGUAUUGUGAUAUUUACGUAGGCUACAGAGAUCAUGUUGUUUGGCUGCUGAUUUACUGUUAAUACUAUCUCUCAGUUGUGGCUUUGCUCUUGGUGACCCGAAACACCCACUUACCCCACUCCCCAUUUCCUUUCCUACUCCUCAUAAACUCCUCAACACCCUACUUUUACACAGGGGCGCCAACCUUAGCUGUCUGCCACCUUCGUAUGUACCACCAACUUUUUUCUACGGUCACAACAAGCAUUUGGCUUUCCUCAGCUCUUCGUUGAGACCCUGUUUUCUGGCAGGGGAACACUCAGCCAUCAUCCACAGUCUCACAUUGUAGAACCAUGUUUGACAUCUUCUUAGUCCUUUUUGGCUUGUGCUGUUUCAUGGAGCCCAACAGGGGAGACUGGUGUUGACCUGUCCUCCUCAGGGUGAGAAGCAGACACCAAUAUGGACACUAGCAGUCUGUCCUUGUCCUCUCCCUGGAUGUUUCUCAUUGUGGUGUAUAUUAGCAUUAGGUAAUAUAGACCUCAAUGCACUUUGCUUUGACUUGAAUCAGCUCCUUCCAGUGUACCUGUAUAGGUAAUACCCAGAACUAGCCACUGGAGGGUGCCAAUGUCUUAAAUGUGAAACACUUCAAUUUGUGGAUAUUUGCACAGGUACUUUAUUUAUUUUUUAGAAUAAUAUAAUUUAAAAAACAGGAUUUAUAUCAGUCAUUGAUGGCUGUAUAUAAAGUAUAUGAAUAUAAUAUAUAUCUUAGAGCUCAAGGUUUAUUUAUAGCUAGAGCAAGGGAAGUAAUUCUAGUUUAAAGCAGAUUCUGUCAGUGACAAUGGGAAACAAAACCAACCUGCAAUCCUGCAUGACUUCAGAGUUUGGGUUUUGGGGGAAAAAAUGAAACAUGAUACACACCUAGGAUUGGAAGCUUUGUGAAAUGCAAACAUGAGCGGUUUCAGACAUGAAUUGAUACAAAAAAAAAAUGGUGCUAAAUGUAGCACCCGGUCUUUCCCCCGUUCACAAAAACAAACUGAGGGCUUGGGUGAAAUACAGUGACUUCACUCCACUUUGUUUGCUAGAGGAUAGGUUCAGUACACUCAAGGGGUUCCGAGUUCUUAGAAGUAUUAAGACAUGCCAUGAAAUGUACCACAGCACACAGUGUGUAAGAACAAUGUUCAGUUUUAGAUCCUGUAAGGACAUUGGGAACAAAUUGUGCAAUUUGGUUUUAUUUUGUCACCAGUCCCAAUAAGUCCCUAACAUGGUGAUAGCCCUGGGUUGCAUUCAAGCCAUAGAAAUGUCAUGUCACUGUCUCCUGAUAGCAAAUAUGAAUGAGGUUGUUUGUGAAGCCUUCCGAUGGAAAUUGUUGAAGUGAAACAGGCUACAAAGCAAAUAACUUAGUGUACAACAACUCACUCUUAGUAUAAGAUGGAUGAACAUUGUCUUAAGGUGAGAUCUACUGUGAAAAAGUCUUGAAAAGAUUUUGUUGACCUGAUGUUUGAGUUAAUGUGUAUACCUGCACAGAGACAGUGUGUCACUGCUCCGAGUUAGAUGGUGGAUGGGUACAGUAUUAUGACUCAGUAUUUAACAUGCACUGUCAUUUCCAAACUGACUUUGGAAACAGUUGAUGUUAUAUGCAAAAGUGACUGAAGAACACACACAGUUUGACCUGUAUGAGUAAUUUUACGCUGCUCUGCUGUUUAAUUCCUCCCCUCAGAAACAAACUGUAAACUGUCAUCAAGUGGUUAUGGUAUAUAAGGAGAAUUGGAUCUGAAGAUUAAUAAAAUUCACUGAUGUUGGCUUUUUUUCCCUUUA